AUCAAGCCUUUGUCUGUGGUUCAAGCUCGGGAUGGCUAUUGCACAUGCUGCCAUGUUUCCCGCCGAGAUCCUUGACCACAUCCUCGAUCAUCUACACGAUGAUUACAAGGCCCUAGGGGUGUGUGCUCUUGCUGGACGUGCCCUCCUCCCAACCUCUCGGUACCAUCGAUUCAAUGGUCUUUACGUCGACCGUUAUCAUGCAGGAAUUCUGCAAGCGUUUCUUGUGGAGGCCCCGGACCUCGCGAUGUCGAUGUCUGCCUUGACGUAUCAGCCUUUCAGCAUGUUCCGCAUGGGCUAUCACGAAGACGCCGCAGACGUGACGGAGGAUCUGCUUCGACUCUUGCCCAAUCUCACCGACAUCCGCAUUCCAGCUCCGGCCUUACCUUAUCUUGCGCAGUUCCGCUCCCAGUUGACACAUCUGCGGCUCUUCGAAGUAUGGGUUUCAACGCGCCGGGAAUUGCUUGCAGGACUCUCGUUGUUUACCGAAUUACAAGAGCUUGAACUGUGCGACCCAGCGCCGUGGAUCCGUAGUGACGAGGAUAUCGAGGACGCACUUGACCCUCCCGCGCCUCAUGUCCGCACCGUCUCCUUUUGGAAUUCGACUUGUCCCCGCAUCAUCACCGGAUGGUUUGAUUCGCAAGGAAUAACUCCACUCCUAUACCGUGCCAAGCUCACGAUACAAGCUCGUGCCAGUGCGUCGGCCUUUGUCCACCAAUCUUGCGUGCUCGCACCCUUGGCUCAGGAACUGGAGGUGGUGUUCGCACCUAAUGGCACCAUGCAAGAUGCUUUACAGGAUACAGAUCUGACUCUCGAGAGGUAUUCCAUUAUCCACUCUUGCACCCUUCGUUUCAGGUUCUCUGAGAUGUGCGUGGCGGAGAACAAAUCGUUGUCGUGGAUACCAAAGAUCCUUGGCCAAUUGUCGUCUGACUCUCUCCGGUCGCUCACGAUCUCGUUGGUUGUCGACAACGUCGAAGACCUCCGGUCGCUCAUGUCCGAAUGCGCGGUUCGGGUCCUCACUACUGCCUAUUUCGACGACAUGCGAGCCCUAGACUGGGCUGCGAUAGGGCAGGCGCUCAGUUCGGAACGUCUUAGAGGUCUGCGGAAGGUGGUGUUGGAAGGCCGCGGGAGUCGAUCUUUGCUGGAGGACCACAUCAGGCUCAAUUGUCCUGCGCUGCAUUCACGUCGUAUACUGACAUUACACGCGGUCGCGAAGAGCCCCAUCUGGGCCGAAUUACGGCCGCAUCCAUAUUAGCCCGUUUCCGACAGAUCCUCCGUAAUUUGAAACAGCACUUGAAUGCCUG